UGCUGGGUGGAAGAGGUAGAAUGCCUCUCUCAGUGUCUGUCAUUCUCACUGCCUCUGCAGCUUUGCUCCUGAUCUCCUUCCAUGGUGACUGACCACCUCCUGCACGGACAGAGAGCAAGAGGCCUAGUUAGGACGUCCUCUCACUGGCCCAAUGGCAUCUCCCAGAACUGUAACCAUUGUGGCUCUCUCGGUGGCUCUGGGGCUUUUCUUUGUCUUCAUGGGGACGAUCAAAUUGACCCCAAGGCUCAGCAAAGAUGCCUACAAUGAGAUGAAACGAGCCUACAAAAGUUAUGUCCGGGCCCUUCCCAUAUUGAAGAAGAUGGGAGUCAGCUCAAUCCUUCUCCGCAAGAGCAUUGGUGCCCUGGAGGUGGCAUGUGGAAUUGUCAUGACACUGGUGCCUGGACGCCCCAAGGACGUGGCCAACUUUUUCCUCCUGCUGCUUGUGCUCGCUGUACUCUUUUUUCACCAGUUAGUGGGUGACCCACUCAAACGCUAUGCCCAUGCCCUUGUCUUUGGGAUCCUGCUCACUUGCCGCCUACUGAUCACCCGCCAGCCUGAGGAGCAGCCAUCUGAGAAGAGGAUCCUGUUGGUGAAUGGUGAUGAGCAGCCACUUGCCCACGAGGCAGCUCCUGAGAAAGGCAAAGUAAAGGUGUCUUAGAGGAAUGCAUUUGAGGGACAUGGACCCUCCAGGCAGCUCUCUCCAAAAAAAAAAAAAAAAAUUCAGUUUUUUUAUUAUUUUUUGUUUUGUUUGUUUAAAGGGUUGCAUUGGGGGCUUAGGAAACACAGUGUCAGCCAAUCACCACAUGAUGGCUUGUGCAACCCAAACACCGUAGAACUACCCUCUUCCCUAACCAUAUCCAUACACAUUGUCUUUUAAUUAGUCCAUGGAGGAAAAAUGUACCUUGUUGAAUGUGUGUUCAUGGGAGGAAGCCCCUACUCAGAACCACCUCUGUGACAAAUCUUCUGUGUGGAAUGGUUAUGGGGAAAAAGAUCUGUGAUCCCUUUAUACCUCACCUGCCUGGGUUUUCCCUUUUGCACAGAGUUUAACACUAGAGCAAUGAACUGGACAGAGAAACUGUUUUUCCUGCUUCCCGUGAGCCAAUUGUUGCAUCCCUUCCACCUCUCUCAGUGGAGAGUAAGGAUUAUGCGUUAGAACUGUCCAAAGGUUGGUAUUUGCCCAGUAAUAAACCCAUGUACCUGUUGCUGGCAAAAAGAGCAGCCAUGGUCAGUGUCUCCCUCCAAAAAUAAAUAAGUAAAUAAAUAAAUCCCCUUUCCUGCCAACUGCUCACCCAGACUUUACGGAAUUGCCAGCUAUUGUUAUGGGUGCCCAGGAUCCUCAUUCCACAUUCACACAGGAGGUCACGGAGCAAGUAGGGGAGCAGUCUUGUCACAAAGAGCCUGAUUCUCUGUGUUAUAUCUGAAAAUUUGGGAGAUGCAUUUAAAUUUUGUUACUUUUCUUGGUAUUUGUGUGGUUUUUUUAAUUACUCAUGAAAAUAAACUUUUUGAAAUUUGAAGGAAAA